AACCCAACCUCCCGGAAACCUCCUGUUGCGCAUGCGCGCGGCGGCAGCCCCGGGACGGCCGCGGGUUCGAUGUCGGCGUCGGCUCCGGAUCACGACGAGCAGCUGCUCCGGGACUGGGAGAGCCAGCAGGUGGAACUAAAGAAGCACGCGAUUGACUACAACACCGAGGACUGGCAGAGCAACAAAGGCUUCGAAGGGUUAGAGCGUGUCGGAGGAGUGGAUCUAUCUUUCAUCAAGGAAGAUGAAGUUAAUGCUUGUGCUUCAUUGGUGGUUCUCAGUUAUCCUGAUCUCAAGGUAGUCUAUGAAGAGUGCCAGAUGGUUUGUCUGACUGCCCCUUAUAUCCCUGGCUUUUUGGCUUUUCGGGAGACACCUUUCUUGGAAGAAGCUGUGAAAAGACUGCAGCGUAAAGAUCCAAGCCUUCUCCCUCAGGUCAUUUUUGCAGAUGGAAAUGGAAUAUUACAUCACAGAGAAUUUGGUGUUGCCUGUCAUUUGGGUGUCCUGGUAGACUUGCCCUGUAUUGGGGUUGCUAAAAACCUCCUGCAUGUGGACGGCUUGGAAGAAAAGGAUCUGCUGAAAGAAAAGAUCAAAGAUCUUCAUGAAAGAGGAAACACUUUUGCACUAACCGGAAGGACUGGGAAGGUUUUGGGUAUGGCUCUUAAAAGCUGUGAGAAAAGCACAAAACCAAUUUACGUAUCUGUGGGCCACAGGAUUAAUCUGGACACUGCCACACGCCUGACUCAUUCCUGCUGCAAAUACAGAGUGCCAGAACCAAUUCGACAGGCUGACAUAAGGUCCAGAGAAUAUAUCCGCAAAAAUGUUAACGCAUCCUGACAGUCGGAUACACAGUGGUCAGACGUUAAUCUUGCAAGCCCAGGAAGAAAGGACCUUCCACCAAAACAGCUGCCGCUUCUACCUCUGGAACUGCUUGCUUGGAAUAUUCAAAGGGGAGAAAAAGGCCAUUAAUUUUCCAGUAAUGAUGUUUGUCCUCAGACUCUAAACAUGCUUGCCUGGGUCAUAAGUUGUCCAGACCAAGGAUCACAGAUUAUACUUCAAAUUCUUUACCCAGCACUACCCACCACAGUGUUAGAUGUGUGUACAACGAAUAUUGGACUAACCAUGCGGCUGUUUAACUGUUUAAACAUUAUUACCUGGUCAAAAUGGUCUUCUAUUUUCAACACAGAUUGGUAAUAUUCUUAAUUUUCUUGUUUUGAAAUGUAAUGGAGAAUGUAUAUUUUCAUACAAUCUUUCUAAGUGCAUAUUUGAAUUGGGGUGGAUGGUCAAGAAUGCUACUGGUGAGACUGCAGAAAAGGAUUGGGGAAGUAACACUGAGAUUUCCAGAGAUGGCUUUAUAGAUUAGUGGACAGUGCUUAUGGGGCCAAAUGCCUUAUUCCCACUCUUAAUAUGUACAGCAGGUGAUUAAAGUUGAAUAAACAGCCCUUUCCCAAAACUGAACCAAAUAACUCCCAAGGUCUAUAAAUAUGUAAUGUAGAUCAACAUCUCUAAAAAUAGGAAUAGAGGACAUUUAAUACAAAUCCAUGAAAUGUUUUUGCUGAAACAAUGUUAAUUGUAAGAGUUAAUGUGCAGUGUCAAGUUCAAGUUUAAGUUUAUUGACCUUCAGCCGUAUACAUGAAUGAGGGCCUCCAUCAGUCAGAGUUGACUGUAGAUAUUGCGUCCGAACUAUCUAGAUAUGCAAGCCUGGGCAGCACGAUAUGGAGAGCAAGCUGUUGUCCAUGAAAUAGUCUCCCCCUCUCCAUGCAUCUAAUGAUCCCAAAGGAAUGACAGAGACCGAUACAGUUUGGUACCAGCAGCAUCACAGGAGUUGCCAGUCAGCAUUGACCUCAACGUAGGACUGCCUAAGGGAAUCCAGCUCCAGAUUUUUCCCUUGGGGUUUAUUUCCGACGCCUUCCCCAUGAAUGAAUGUGAGAUAGCGGAGGUUUGAGAUCAGAGUUUUCCUUCUCCUAGAUGAGUUUCCAACCAUGGCUGAUGAGCCCUAUCUGCCUGAAUUGAAAUGGUUCUGCUGGGCUUAGUAGCUAAGCCACACGUGAAGGCCAGGAGCUGGACUUGGUUGUCAGAGGCUAUUUGAGAUGCACACCACUGGGAGUAUUUAAUAGUUAGAGGGAGUUUAUCCCUGCUACCACUCCCAGCUAUAACAACCUUAAAGAACCAUCUUAACUUUUGGAAUACAGCCAGAUAAAUCUACAGAAUUACAUAAUUACAGUAGUAGUACAUCCCAACCAGUAGAAUCCCUUUGAAUAUACAAUACUAGUGUCUGUUCCAAAAGCUUCUGAGUACAAACUCCAGAUCCACAAAAAUAGCCCUUUUUUAAAUGUUGAAGGAUGUUUCAUGAUGUGCAACUAACCAAAAGGUUGAGUGAUAAAAUAUACCUGUCCUGAACUGUUACUGAAAUACACCAUAAGCAUGUGCUAAUUAUAACCACAAGAGAUUCUGCAGAUGCUGUAAAUCCAGAGUAACACACACAAAAUACUGGAGGAACUCAGCAGGUCUGGCAGCAUCUGUGGAAGUGGAUAAAACAGUCAACCUUUCAGGCUGAGUCCUUUCAUUGUGAAUUCAGAUGAACAGUCUCAUCCGGAAACGUCAACUGUUUAUUCCUCUCCAUAGAUGCUGCCUGACCUGCUGUGUUCCUCCAGCAUUUUGAGUGUGUUAAGCUGGAUUUGUUGUUUGCCACAGUAGUCCAUAAAAUAUAAAUUAAAUUACAAUAAAACAGAUACAAGCACAUAUAUUCUCCUAUAAUAAAAUAUACUAUAAAUUACAAUAAGAAAUAUAUAUAUAUAAUAAAUAAGUAGUGUAAAAAGAGAGCGAAAAUAUUGAAGUACUUUUCAUGGGUUGGUUCAAUGUCUGUUCAGAAAUCUGAUGGCAGAGAAAAGAAUGUGUUCCUAAAACACUGAGUGUUUUUUUCUUCAGGCUCCUGUUCCUCUUUGCUGAUGCUAGUAAUGAGCUGGUAAGAGUAAGCCUUCGAGUAUCAGAUCGAAGUUAAAUUGUGUACAAGUUUUUUUUUCCUGAAGACUGGUCCUCGUCUUAGUUCAUCCAUAAUUAUGCUAUCCAGGACUACUCACCCUCCAAAUAAUAAUCCCUAACACAUUUCUCAGCAGCAGUUGAUUUAAUCAUGAGCUCUGUCCAUGGAACAUUGACGAUCAGAGCCAGCAAAGCACAUUACUACUGGUGAAGAGAAAAUAACCAAAGCAAAAUUCAUGGCCCCGAGCAGCUCCCUGGCCAUCACUGCUUUAGAUACAGAUUUAUGGUUGCUAUAAUAUUCUGAGGGGAUCAAAUUAUUUCAGGGCUUAAAUACCGGUUAGAAAUUCAGCUACUUAUAUUAUGCAAACUCCACAAUUAGUUUAUCACUUUGUAAUUUUCCACAUUCUCUAUUUAAUGUAGUUUUCAGAAAUAAAAGAUGUUUAUGUGUAAUAAGAUGCAUAUUAUUUACACUAAAAAGGCAAACCCCACCAGCAAUUUAAUAAUUUAACAAAACAGACCAUAAAUUCACCUGGGAAAGCAGGAAUUGCUGCAGCAUUAUAAAGUAGGUUUUCUGGGAUUAGGGGCUAUAAUUUACUGCUAAUCAUUUCAUUAGAGAUACAAUGCUGAUUAGGCUCUUCUGGCCCAGCAACUCCUAGCCUUAUCAUGAGACAACUUACAAUGACCAUUUAACCUUCUAACAGGUACUGCAUGACUGGACUAUUUUGGACUGUGGGAAGAAACUGGAGGACCUGGAAAAAGCCCAUACAUUCCACAGGGAGGACAUGCAUGCUCCUUACAGAUGGGGUCAAAAUUGAACUCUGAGCUGUAAUGGUGUCAUGCUAACUACUACACCAUCUUGGAGCUGAAUAUUUCACUGGAAUUCACUAAAUUUUACAACUUAUUCCUAACUUUUGCUUAUGUUCUCAAAAUAAACUUGCUCACUAUAAUUUUAAGAAGGGAUUUGUAACUUGAAGAAAAGCAUUGACCUUAUUUGGUGAAGACCAAUCACUUUACCUAUUUUUAAAUCUCCCUGUUAUUAAUUAGUACCCUCACAGUAGGAGUCUUCAGUAAUUAAAUUCAUUACAUUUAACAGAUUCUUUCUGUGUGAUCAUUUGCAGAAUUUCUAAUCCAAGCGGUUUUUUAGAUAGGAAAGCAUUCGCAGCAGCCUAUUUUUCUGCAAAUUUUGUGAUACAAGCUAAAUCUUCAGACACAAUGCAAUUAAAACUGCCCUACAUUUAAAUGAACUGAUGAAUUUUACUUCAAAUCUUUUGGGCUGAUACUGUGAAGUAGGUCAUAAAUUAACAAUACUGAGUUAAUUAUAAAGCAUCAUACACAGUGUUUGUUUAAUGGUGCACUGAACUGUUUUGUGACAAAAGCACACUUAAGACCAUAGGUUGGUCUUAUUGACCACUGGUUCAUUAAGGUAGUUAUAGCCGUGGGAAGGGGUGGUAAUGGCAAUAGCCUCCCACUAUCAAUGAAAUGCUCCCAAUAGCCUCUGACUAUUUGAGAGGCUAUGUCCAGCCUCUGGCCUUCUCAUGUGGCUUAGCCACUAAGCCCAGUGAACUGUUUCUACUGACAGGAGAAGGGGCAAAAGUGGGUUACUGGCACCUUAAAACCAGCCUGAUGGGGCUCCUUAGCCAUGGUCAGCAGCUCACCUAGGAGAAGGGUAACUCUGAUCUUAAAUCUCCCCUGCCUUGCGGCUACACAGGGAAGACUUCGAGUGAAACCAAAAGGGAAAAAAAAUCCAGAGCUGGAGUCCCUAAGGUUGAGUUCAACGCUGUCUGGCAACUCCUGUGACGCUGCUGGUGCCAAACUUCUAUCGGUCUCUGCCGUUCCUUUGGAUUCAUCAGCUGCAUGGAGAAGGGGAGCCUCCUGCAUGGGCAGCAGCUUUCAUACUGCCCUGGCUUGCAUAUCGCGUAGGAAGCUGAGAUGCAACAUCCAUGCUCGACCCCAACCAAUGGAGGGCAUCAAGAAGACCAUGGGAAAUAGGUACAGGUUUAGGUCAUUCAGCCAUCAUCACGGCUGAUCUAUUAUCCUUCUCAGCCCCUUUCUUCUGCCUUCUCCCUGUAAUCUCUAACACCCUUACUUAUCAAGACCCUAUCAUCCUCUGCUUUAAGUAUACCCAUUGACUUCACUUCCACAGCUGUCUGGAAAUGAAUUCCACAGAUUCACCACUCUCUGGCUAAAGAAAUUCCUUCUCAGCUCUGUUCUAAAGGCAAACCCCCACCGGCACAUUAAUAAUUUAGCAACACAGAUCAUAAAUUCACUCGGGAAAGCGGGAAUUGCUGCAGUUGGUUGCUAAAGUAGGUUUUGUGGGAUUGGAGGCUUUAACUUACUGCUAAUCAUUUUAUUUAGAGAUACAGCGUGGAAGUGGCCUUUCCAGCCCUCUGAGCUGCAUCGCCCAGUAAUCCCAAUUUAGCCUAAUUACAAUGACAAAAUAACCUACUAACCCACACAUUCCGUGGGCAGAACAUACAGACCCCUUACUGGUGUCAUCAGAAUUGAACUCUGAACUCCCAAUGCCCCAAGCUGGAAAAGUGUCAUGCCAGCCAUUGCACUAUUGUGGCACUGAAUAGUUUACUGGAAUUCAAUAAAUUUUGCACUUUAUUCCUAACAUUUGCUUAAGUUCUUAAGAUAAACUUGCUCACUAUAAUUUUUAGAAGGGAUUGUAAAUUUGAAGGAAAGUAUUGACCUCAUUUGAUGAAAACUAGUCACUCUUCCUGUUUUUAAUCUCCCUGUUAUUAAUUAGUACCCUCACAGUUGGAGUCUUCAGUAACUGUAUUCAUUUCAUUUAACAGAUUCUUUUAGUGUGAUCACUUGCUGAAUUUGUAUUCUAAGGCUGCGUUCUCUGGUCCUAGAGACCCCACUAUUGGAUACAUCCUUUCCACAUCCACUCUAUCUAGGCCUUUCAACGUUCAAGGUGCCUUUCAAUAUUCAUCUCAUAUAAUGGGCUCUCCUUCCCUAUUAAGGAUGAAAUGAUUUUCUAAUUGCUUAAAUGUGUUAAAGAGAUGAGAGGCCUUUUAAGAGUUUGUGGUUUGUCAGGAGGUUGAUUCAUGUUUGAGGAAAUGUCUCCCCCUAUAACGUUGACCAUUUAUUCCCUUCCAUAGAUGCUGUGUGACCCAUUGCAUUCCACCAGCAUUUUGUGUGAGUUAUUCUGGAUUUCCAGCAUCUGCAGAAUUUCUAAUGUUUAUGGCCUGCAUUUUUUUUUUAAAUUUUCAGACCUGGCAUGAAGCUAGGACCAUCCCCAAUGGAAUCUUUCAAACACUCAAUGCCUUAUCUAGUCGAAUUGCUGUGAAAACAGCUGAUUAACUGGGUGGCUUUAUAGCGUUAAAGUAAGACAACACCUCUGUACUCUGGAUGCUAAAAUAGUGUACUUGUAAUCUAGAUGCCUUGGCAAAUGAACUGGAAGUGAGUUCAAAUUCCAAAUAGGAUGAGAGGGAAGAUAAAUCAGCCAUUAUCAAAUGGUGGAGAAGACUUGAUGGGCUGAAUGGACUAAUCCUGCUCCUGAAAAAAAGUCCCAUCACUUCAGGUGGGACAUUUAAAUUCAGUUAAUUAAAUAAGGUUUGGAAUUAAAAUCUGGUGUGCAUUGUAAAUCCCACUUGAUUCACUGAUCACCAGCUCACACUGACUUGGAACUAUGUACUUGUUUCUCAGGCAUCCUUGACCAGUUAGGAGCCAACAUUAAAUACCCAAUGCAUUUUUGUUUAGAAACAUUGCCUUACAUGAAUGUGAAAUUUGGGGUUUAAACACACCUCCUUCCGGAAAUAAGGAUAUCUGGCAGCUCAGUGUCUGAGAUUCCACCUUGCAAUGAGCUGACAGUCGGUGCAGGAUGGAAGCGUUGCUGUUUUGUGCUUGGUAAGUGUUGGAUAUCGAGUAACAGAUCAGGAAGGAGCCCCUGCCAUGUGCUGUAAGGAUACCAGAGGCUUUUUCUGCAGAAACCAAUUUAGCCAAGAUAGCGCUAGUGAACCACAGCAACGUGUUGCAGGCUACUUACAAAACUUCCAAAUUAAAGGAAUCUCAGGGUUGUUUAUGGUGAGAUAUAUGUUGAAAAUAAAUUGACUUUGAACUUUGAACUGCAAUCAUGUUGAAAUCCAAAACUCGUUAACUCAUAAUGGAACAUUAUUACAACAUAAUGCACUCUUCCUGCUACUACCAUCAGGCAGUAGGUACAGGAGCUUUUGGUCUCACACCACCAGGUUUCAGAACAGUUAUUACUCUUCAACUGUCAGGCUCCUGAGUCCAGCAGAGAUAACUUCACUCAAUUCAACUCUUUACUGAUUCUAGAGUGGACAUACUCACUUUCAGGGACUCAACAACUCAUGUUCUCAGUAUUUUUUACUUGCACAAAAUGUCUUUGUUUGUCAGUCCCUGUUUACACAAUUGCAGGGUGCCACAGUAAUGCAGUGGUUAGCAUGAAGCUAUUACAGCUUGGGGCCUCAGAGAUCAUUUCCAAAGAUCUCUGCAAGAAGUUUGUACAUCUCUCUCCUGAGCACAUGGGUUUCUAGUUUCGUCCCACAGUCCAAAGACAUGCUGAUUAGUAGGUUAAUUGGUCACUGUAAAUUGUCCUGUGAUUAGGCUAGUGUUAAAUAGGUCGGUUGCUGGGUGGCUUGGCUCUUUGGGCCUGAAAGCCAGUUUUGCACUGUAUCUCUGAAUAAAUAAUUGUAUAAGUAGUUUUCAUAAAUUUUAUUUUAUUUCUUUAUUUUCCUGUAAAUGUUAGCAAGAAAAUAAAUCUUAAGAUAGUAUGUGGCAACAUAUACAUACUUUGAUGAUAAAUUUACUCUGAGUUGACUUUAAACACACCGGAGUGAGGCAGUAAUACUUCACACCCCUUUGGAAUGAGGCAUGACUAAUUAAUCAGAAAUAUUGAUAUGAGAAAUAUAUCUGCUAAUUAAUAUAGCUUUGCAUACUGCAGAGUCAUUUUAUUCCCUUUCUUGAGAUUGCUGCUCUAAUUAUUUGCAUG